CGUGGUUUCAUCAACGUCUCCACCACUUCGUCUGGCGCCCGUCUUCAACCCAGCUCAGAUUACCGUAACCGCGGACGAAAACGAGUCCGACAUCGAAAUUGCAAAGGUACACGCUUCCUAUCCUGAUGGAGGCACAGGAACCAUUUCUUAUGUACUGCAAAAGGGUGAUCCUACAUUAUUCGCUGUAUCUUCGUAUUCUGGCUCAGUGACAUUGCUUCGUCCACUAGAUGCUGAGGUCGACACGUCCUACAUGCUGCAGAUAUCUACAGCUGAGGCAGCAGGGUUGGCAGUCGAUCCAACAAUGGCACACUUCGUCUCGAUAACAGUGCACGUGGGAGAUGUGAACGACUGGAUUCCCAACUUUGAGAGUCCCAAUUACAACUUUGUUGUUCAAGAAGAUACCAUGCCGGGAACGAUCAUUGGUCAAGUAACCGCGUUUGAUCAGGACAAGGAGGAUCCGAACAAUCGAAUACGAUAUCGUUUGGUGAGCGCUGGCGGCCUGGAGAAUUAUUUCAAUGUGAAUGGAGACACUGGACUCAUCACUCUUGCACUUCAAGUGGACGCAUUUGCUGGAGAAAAGAUUACGCAAUAG